AUGGGCGCGCGGGGUGCGAUGCUGGUAGUGGCGGCGGCAGCGAUCGUGUUUCUGGUGGUGGCGCCGGUGGCGGAGUCCGCCAUAUCCUGCGAUGUAGUCUACAGCAAUCUGAACCCGUGCCUCAACUACGUCCUCUUCGGAGGGAUGCCACCGCCGCAAUGCUGCCAGGGCGCAAGGAAUCUCCUCGCGGCGGCGCGAACCCCCGCCGACCGCCAGUCAAUCUGCAGGUGCCUGAAGAACGCUUCGCAGGGUGCCACCGGGCCGAUCUCUGACAACGCCGCCACCCUCCCGAUGAAAUGCAAUAUGAACAUCCCUUACCGGAUCAGCCCCUCCACCGACUGUAACAGGUUCUCUCUCUCUCUCCCCGCUUCCACCGACGAACCAACACCCACAUCAUAG